CAACAAGCGGGCUGGACGUUAGUUUAAGGGGAGUAAGCAGCUUGUCGCUGUAGGUAGUAUAAUUCUCUCCAUUAUCUCUGUAUUGUGAACCAGUGUGUUAUUGAGAAUGUUGAGUAGAAGAUGUCUUGUUGUAAUUGGUUGUCGAUGAUGUUGAUUGUGGUGGAAAUCAGUGGAUUUUUUCUUCCUCCUCCCUCAGUGUGAUCAUUGACGGUCAUUGUUUGACAGACAGGUAUAAAGAAAAUAAAACGCUGUGCCCUUUUGAAUCCAUUUCGCUCCAUAAAGUAUGUCACUAACUUAACGAAUGACUCUGCGUGGGCGUGAGACUGACUCCACCCCAACACUGAUCAUUGCAUGUUGAAAAGUAGGCUGCGUGCUCAGAAAUGAAUAUGAUUACAGUUCCUCGAUUGGCUCAGGUUCCUCUUUGUGUAAACUCUUGUUGGUUUGUGGGUAGUGUCACACAGGACACUCGUUGUGUGAGACAGCGACAAGACAAACCGCCUGACAGGAAAUGAUUCAAUGAAUGAAAAGAACAUAUACUACAAUACUUCCCCUUUGGCCAUUUCAAGAUGACUUUGUUAAAUAACAAAGCAGUGCUUCGGAUGGCGGCUGUAGUGAUUUUAAUAAUCCUGCUGACAUUCUAUGGUACGAAAUUGCUUUUUGGUCCCGGAGAGCAGAGUGAAAGGGCUCCCACUCGCCAGCUGAGGUCACCGCUCCCAGUUCACGUAUCCCCACCUGGUCCAUGCACCUGCCCCUCUGGCUCAACGCUACUAAAAGAACACGUGCCAAAGGAUCAGUAUGACGAGCUGGUGGAACGCCGCGCUAAGGAGCUCCAUCAACACAAAGCCAGGACUACAUCUGUAUUAUCCAGACUGCUGUUUGCUUUACCUAACUCUCCUCUGCAGUAUCCUAUCCAGGGGUUUAAAGUACUGCCUUUGACCAAAACUCUAAUACCAGGUUUGGCAGUGCAUUCAGGAGAAAGAAGCAUCUACAAGGUGUCCUUGACUGUGUCUAUAGGGCUCCUGACCACAGAGUUCCCAGCUGACAGAGUGAAGGUGCAAGGUCAUGGCGAGAGCAGACUUGUCAUGGAGUCUUUCAGCCUGGUGAUGCUCAACGACCUGUUGUCUAAAGUGUCCUACACCAGCACUGUUUACCACGUACACACCGGAGACCUCGCAUUCUUCCAGUUUGAGGACCAUGAAGCCGUGUUUCCGAUUACCAUCAAACAGACCAACCUCCCAGUCCUGUACGACAUGGGAACAGACAUCAGCUCUCAGGUUACCAUCACCACCAAGACGUUCCUGCGCUACGCACAACUCAAGAUAUUGUUGAGCAGCAUCCGGCAUUUCUAUAGCAACAUAAAAGUCAUCAUCGCCGAUGACAGCUUUGAACCAGAGCACAUUACUGGGGAAAACACUGAACAGUACAUCAUGCCGCCAGCACAAGGCUGGUUUGCUGGCAGGAAUCUGGCUGUCUCCCAGGUAACCACAAAGUACCUCCUGUGGGUGGAUGAUGACUUUGUUUUUACGGAAGAGACGAAGAUAGAGAAGCUGGUGGAGGUGAUGGAGGCCCUUCCCGAACUGGAUGUGCUGGGGGGAACAGUACAACGGAACCAGUUUUAUUUCUCUCUCAUCUAUGAGGAAGGAGAUGAAAUGGAGGGCGGCUGCCUUCACAGAAAGUCGCAAGGAAAGUUCAACCCACUUCCUGGUUACCCAGGAUGCUUUAUGGCCAGUGGUGUGGUAAACUUCUUCCUGGCGAGAACGCACUCUAUACAGAGUGUUGGAUUUGACCCCAAGCUCAAAAGAGUGGCGCACUCUGAGUUCUUCAUGGACGGCCUGGGCUCCCUACUGGUUGCCACGUGCAACCAUGUGUCGGUCGGCCAUCAGCCCAAAACAGGCAAAGACAAAGACCCACGCUCGCUACGCCAAAUCAGACGACCUGGAAAUGAGGACAGCAAGUUCAAACUACAGCUUCACUUCUUCAAAAACUACCUAAAGUGUGUCAAGUAUGGAUAAAUGACUAAUUGACCACAUUGCAGUCACUGGAUGGGUAUACUUCUUUACCUUCUUGAUUUUUUUUGCUUCUACAUUGGGUAUUGAAUAGUAUGUAGGGUACUUCUUUAAAUUUAGUACAGAUGUCCAGUUCAAAUUAAGAAAAACCUUUCAUUUAAUGUUGGUUGUCAAAGGUCCAAUGCAGCGUGACCUCACAUCAGUCGCAUUCUCAUAACCUGGACCUAACGUUACUAACAUUUGGAUCCCUGAUAGGGCCAUAUUUCACAGCAAUUCAUCCAAUAAAUAGAUUUUAUAUUUC